AUGAUAGAUUCCAACCUCAAGCUUGCAAUGGCACUCCAGAUCCAGCCAGAAAGAGGCCUGGGGUGGAUCAAUCUAGGAUCGUCGCUUCAUAGUAUCGUAUCGAGGCUGAAGGCUUCUCCAGAGCAAUUUCCAGGACUUGAUAUAUCAUAUACUCCAUCGUCUCCGAUAAACAACCCUGUCAUUAUUGGUCUUGCUCACAAUGGUUUGAGACUCCGAUUUGAUGGUCCUGAUCAAAGGCUACGCUUGAUCGAGAUUCUGGACUUCUCACUGAGUGCUGUUGCCUACAAGAAUAUUGAUCUUGUGAGACGCAACAGACCCUCGGAUGAGGUACAACAGAGCGAAAUGUCCGCCAGCGGACCAACAUUCAAACACGUUUACAACCGUUUAUUUGGGCCUACUUACGCGGGAGAGUAUAUCCCGCCAGGAUCAGGUGAAACAAAUGGCACUUAUGUUCUCUCGUAUCCUGGACUAGCAUUUACAUUCCCGAUCCAGCAUAAAUCGUGGUCGGACAAGAUUGACUUCGUCUCGUUAUUGUCUUCUAACGCCACGGGCCCUGCUAUCUCUAUGGCCAUAUUUUCGGGCAAUUCUUGGACAGAAGCCCGGUCCAAUCUGUACACAAAGGCGCCAGUAUUGCCUCGUUCCCCUUCAUUGAUAGGAAAGUCGACAGAGACGGUACCUGACGAGGUAGAGGAAGUGAGAGUGUUCGGGGCGGGAAGAUUAGAGUUUGUUCGAAGAAGCACACCGACGUUCUUAAUGGUGCUGAAUGAGACGACUCCACAAGAUCUGGUGGCAGAACUAGGGCCGCCCGAUGCCAUAUACCGCAAGCAUGACAGGCGGAUUUCCAUUCACGCAACAGGUAAUGCAACAAGCAGACGGCGGCCGAGUAUCUCACCUGGCCUAGAUCCACAGGCACUGGACACUGAUCAAUCAUCGAUCCAAAGCUAUACGGAGGAUUCUGAUUUUGAAGCUGAUGCACAAGAGGCGCGAGUGGACGACAGGAGUGAAGAAUGCUUCUAUAACUACUUCCAUCACGGACUCGACAUUCUGGUAUCUCUACCGAGGAGCAAAUCGCCAGCAUUCCCUGGAUCGGCAAGUAAUGAGUUGCCAACGUCGUCAAAUGCCCAGCUGGUGGUCAGCAAGAUCUUCCUUCAUGGCAAUAUCCCGGGGUCAUUCUCGUUCAAUCGACAUCGGAGAAGCCGGUGGAUAAUUAAGCUGGGCGGGGAGAAUCGAGGAUUGACUUUAACGUCGGAAAUGGGGUUUUCAAACAUAUCGACGGCGCUCAAGGAGGUGUGGCAUGAGAUUUACACGGAUACAGAUGAAGAGAAACAAAUGCAAAGGGGGAUGGUGUUGAAUCGAGGAUGGGCAGAAAGUCCAGAGAGUUCGAUUGAGCUUUUGGGGGAUUUUGAAGAAGUCUCCGUUCAGGACAAAGGCGAUGACGAAGGGUCAUCGGACGGGACAGGUGGAUUGAACAAUACCGAGUUAUUUGGAUUUCCCGGAUUAUUGUUUGAGGUUUUGAAGAACGAUACGGUUAGCUGCCUGACGGUGUUUUGA